CGGAAGCAAUGUUCAUGAAUCACAAGUUAUUUCCGAACAACAACAACAAGAAGAAGAGAAGUAGAGUUAAUAUGGCGGGUCAUGAAUAUAAUAAUGAUUGGAGAUGGGAAGAAGGAGACACCGAUGAGGAAUCCAAGAAAAGGAAGAUCCCAUCAAAAGGGUAUGGUGGUUUGCAUGCCAAUGAUUAUCUUGGAAAUUAUCCAUUAAUUCCUGCUGCAGAUGAUGAUGAUGAUGAUGAUAUCGAUGAUGAUGCUCUAUGGGCCAAAGGAGGACCAACUUUGGAUUUCUCUGAUGCUGGAUUAAACAAGCAUUAUCCUGGUCAAGCCAUGAAGGUAGAUCUUAUGAAACCAUCAAUGUCUUCUUUCUGUGGAAGAAGAAGAGCUUCAACUUCCCGUGAUCAAGGAAAUCAGCUAAGAAACCCUACAUGUGGCGGCAACCUUAUUCCACCAAUGACAUUCUCUAGAAGAGCUUCAAGUGCUCAAGGAAAUCAGCUCAGAAACCCUAUAUGUGGCGGCAAUGAUCCUGACCCCGUUUCAAGGCCGUUAUCUACAAGAGCUUCACCUUCCUAUGAUCAAGUUUCAGGAAAUCAGCAGGAAGGCCCUAUAUCUUCUGGCACUAAUUAUCAUAACAUGGAUGGUGAUGAUGAUGAAUAUGCAGAGGAAAUUCAAUUACCUCUUUAUAAUCAAUCAGUACUGGAUGAUGAUGAUGAUGAUGAGUUUGACAGGGAUAUUCAACUUGCCAUUAAUCAAUCCUUGCAAACCUCCUCCGAUCGUCGUCGUCCCAACUCAAACGACCUCAUAAAGCUGAAAGGUGUAUGCGUAUCUCAUCCGCUGAAAAAACUAGACAAUAAUUACUUUAACGAAGAAAUCAAAAGGUUUGGAAUGGCGGAGUCAGGCGAUAGGGGAGAGCCAAUAGCUUCAUUAUGCGUGAUCUGUGGUGACGAUAAAUCUACAGGAAUUAUGAAGAAAGGUCCAAACUGCAGCCAUUUUUUCUGCCCGGGAUGCAUUAAUUCUUAUGUUUGGGAAAGAACGGAAUGCGAAAUUGAGAAUAUGGAUCAUACGACUGCAAAAUGCCCACAUAAAGAUUGCAGGGAAAUCUUGAGUGCGAAGCAAUGCAGGGAAUUCCUGAUCACCCCAGAACGUGUUACAUAUUAUAUGCAGAAUGAGAAUCGUUUGCGUAGAUUACUUGCUGCGCCAAAGUACUUUGAAUGUCCGUUUGAAGAUUGUUCGAGACAGAUUUUGGAUGACGGGAUUGGUCACUUGAUUAGGGCCUGCACAUUUUGCUCUAGAAUCUUCUGCAUGAUUUGUAAACAUCCGUGGCAUUUAGGACUUACUUGCGCCGAAUCUCGGAAAAAGAUGGAGGAACAACGACGAAGAGAAUGGUUAAGAUCCUAUUUGGUGGAGCUCCAACAAAAACUCGGGGUUGAGAAUCUCUUCGUCUUGGGACCUAAUAAUUUGUUGGAUUAA